AUGUCUAACGAUCCAGAAAGAUUUGAUUCUAUGUUGCUAGCAAUGGCACAGCAGCACGAGGGUGGUGUUAAGGAACUCCUUGGAACUAUCGUUAGUUUCUUAGCACGAAAAACCGACUUUUUUAUUGGUGGAAAAGAAGGAGAAUGGGAAAAGGUAGUGAAGGACACAUUUUAUGUUCAUGCUAAAAAAGCUAAAGAGGAAGCUGAUAAAAUUAAAAAAGAAAAAGAAGAAGCAGAUAGAAGGUUAAAAGAAAUUCAACAGAAGAAGGAACAAGAACGUUUAGCUCAGGACUUUGAACCAGCGACGGUAACAGAACUAACAGAUCAAGAAGCUAAUAAGAUGCUCGAAGACAUAGAAAAAGAGAAACAGAGUAAAACUGAAGAUGGUAGUGGCGACGGUUCACCCACAAGCAGUAAGUCUGAAAUACCCGAUGAGGAUGAUGACCCCGCUGAAAAAGGAAAACUUAAACCAAACUCGGGCAAUGGGUGCGACCUGGAAAAUUAUAGGUGGACUCAGACAUUAGAAGAAGUUGAGUUGCGAGUACCUUUACGACAAGUGCUCCGUCCCCGCGAUCUGCUCGUCAUCAUCAACAAACGCCACCUCAAGGUCGGUAUUAAAGGCCAACCUCUCAUCAUAGACGGCGAAUUAGACGCCGAUGUCAAAGUUGAAGAAUCCACGUGGGUCCUACAAGAUGGAAGAAAUCUCCUCGUCAACUUAGAGAAGGUAAACAAAAUGAAUUGGUGGGGAAGAUUAGUUACGACAGAUCCGGAAAUAUCAACUAGAAAAAUAAAUCCAGAGCCGUCAAAACUGUCGGAUUUGGACGGAGAGACCCGGGGACUGGUUGAGAAGAUGAUGUACGACCAGAGACAGAAGGAAAUGGGACUACCCACAAGCGACGAGCAGAAGAAACAGGACGUACUUAAAAACAUUUUCGGGUUCUACCGAAACUUACGUAUCUUCUGUUUCGGAAACUGA